AUGGCUCAACUAUUGCACCACAAGUUCCAAACACAUAGGGGUGCCCUCAGCUGUACCUGCAGUGCGGGGCGCCCCAGCACCACCUGCUGCCUACGACAGUACCCUGAUGUUGUAUACAGUGCGACAGUAUACAAUGCAUGUGCAGAUGCGCCCUCAGCUGUACCUGCAGUGCGGGGCGCUAAGGCACCACCUGCUGCCUACGACAGGGAGCCCUCAGCUGUACCUACAGUGCGGGGCGCUACAGCGCCACCUGCUGCCUACGACAGCGCCCUGAUGUUGCAUACAGAGGCGCCCUCAGCUAUACCUGUAGUGUGGGGCGCCACGGCGCCACCUGCUGCCUACGACAGCGCCCUGAUAUUACUCUCGGGUCACAACUGUUCCGCCAGCUGUCGUCAUAUUGCCUUCCUAAUUGCUCCAGUAAUGCGGGCUUCGAUCCAAGACUUCUUAAAGACUUGCUUUGAUGUGAACUUUUCGCAAUACGAGUCGAUGGAGACAAAGACGAUCAAGGAGGAAGCCCCGGAGACUCCAGUGGUCAAGGAGGUGUCGUCCGUCACACAGCCUAGAUGUCGCAAAGGUGUGAAGGAGAGAGUCAAGUCUCCAGACAGUCCGGAAGGUGCGCGGGUCCGCAGCUCGCCUCCGCUGGUAGCCACCCCCACCCCGGCCCCCACUACACCUACCACCACCCCCACCAGCCAGCCUAACAGCCCCAAGCCUCCCUUCCAGAACGGCAACACCACGCCGCCGCUGUACUCUCAGAACGGCCAAACAAGUCCCGCGUUAUCCGUGUCCCUCUCGGACUCCACCCCUCUGGGUCGUCCCCUGGGCAAGGUCAAGAGGUUCCUCAGCACCUUGGUUCAGUUCGGCCAAGACAUCUCUCCAGACACCGGCGAGAGAGUCAAGAGCCUCGUCCUUAAUCUCGUUGGCGCGGGCUUGACCGUGGAAGAAUUCCAUCAUUCUCUACAAGACGUGACGAACUUCCCUCUCAGACCCUUCGUGCUGCCCUUCCUGAGAGCCUACCUGCCAGCCUUGCAGAGAGAGCUCGGAGUUCACGCGCGCCUCAGUAAACAGACGAUUGCUCAGUACAUCAGACAACAUGAACACAGUGUUCUGGAUCCUGCCUUCUCGCCUAGCGAACCUGGAGAGAUCUUCCAUCACACAGACAGCCACAGCCAUCCUGAGAAACGGAGAGCCGAGAGCUACUAUGAGAACGGAUUGGAGGACGCUGUCUACCUUCCCCCGGCUCCUAAGAGGCCUCACCACUCCGGCCUGCUGUUUCCACUUCACCCUCUGGCACUACCUCCGACCCAUCUGCUUCAUCCGGACUAUCAUCCCUCCACACCUUACCCUCCGUACCAUCACCCUCACAGAGAGACGGAGGAGGCGAGACGCAGCUACGGCGAGGACGAGUGGAAGAAUAUCCACGUGAUGCUUAACUGUAUCCUAAGUAUGGUAGAGAAGACCAAGCGAGCCCUGACAAUCCUACAGCAGAGGUCUAGUGAUGGUGGUGGAGCAGAGUGGCGGAGGACGACCCCCAGUGGCGGCGCUGUAGCGGGGCAUCCCUCAGCAGACGAUGUCAAGCGCACGGCCAGCGAGAUCAUGGCUCACACCAUCAGGCUGACGGAGGACAGGGUCGCUGAGGUGCGAAGGAAAGCAGAAGAGGCGGUGAACGAGGUGAAGAGGCAAGCAGUGGCAGAGUUACAACGGGCCGUCGCGGCGGCGGAGACAAAGGCGUGCGAGUUGGUGGCAUCUGAGCGAGCCAAGGUGGAGAAGCUGGUGGCCGACGCGCGGAAACACGCUGUUGAAGAGGCAGUGACUGUAGCAGCCGACAGAACUGAAUCUCCCCCCACCCCGUCACAACAGAAUAGUUGCUGGAACUGCGGUCGGAAGGCCAACGAGACUUGCAGCGGGUGUAACGUGGCGCGCUACUGUGGCGCCUUCUGCCAACACAAGGACUGGGAGACGCACCACGCGGUGUGUUGCGCCAAGCGGCCACCAGUCAGCGCGCCGCGCACCACCACCACUCCUCCCGCCACUCUACCUGCACCGACCAAGUGACGCCGACAUCACCGCCUCACUGCUAAACUCAAGAAGCCAUGAACUAGACAAAGAUACAGGCUACUUAGGCAAUAUGUUUUUGUCAAAUUACUAUGAAACUCUUGAUGAUUUCCAAGGUUUGAGUUGAGGGUUGAUCUUUGACUAUGGAUACAAGUGGACAUUACAUUUCCCUAGCUAAAAGUUAGGAAUCAAAACUAACUAGUUCAAAUUGAGCCAUUGAUGUAAAUUACUGAUAUCUUUGAUCAUGCCAAACCUUGAUAGUACAAGAUCAUGAUGGUGAUUGGUAAGAUUAUAAACUACACUAAGAUUAUUUGUAAGAUCUACUAUAAAAAAAUUUAAGAUAAGGAAGGAAAUAAUAGUAGUUUACACAACAAUCGCUCAAAGAUAGUCUUUAAAAGGAUCAAGGAUCGUUCCUUUAAAACCAAGGUUCGAGCCUUAAAAACUUCUACGAGUGUCAGUAAGGCUAAUUACGCAAGCUGCUUACACUACUUUACCUACGACUUUUUUUAUUACUUUACUAAAACUUCAUUACCUUACUUUGCUCUUUCUAUUACUUAUUUUAGGGAAUUGGUACUGCUAACAGCAUUCUUACAAUGAGUACUGUUUCAGUUUCAGGUACAAGCAGACAAAUAUUAAAUUUUUUCAGCAAUUCUGAAUGUAUUGAGACAAUUUAUUUACAACAUUAAAAUAAAAACAAACAAAAUUCAAGUGUCUUAAAAAUUAUCAGACAAUGUAAUUAAUAAAAAGUUUGGUUAAGAAAAGAAUGUGUGAUUUUCUGGCGCAAGUCGGCAGAUCAACAAUUAAAUUGGUCGUUACCAGUUGAUAAGUGGCGUUCAAAGCAUUAUAGUUUACUUCUUUCCUUUCCAUUCUUGAACCCCAUAGGUCCGUUACUUUACCACACUAGUUCUGUAAAGUAAGUAAACAAUGCGGUAAAGUGAAUCUUUUUUAUUCUAAAAAAUUUAAUAGAAAAGGCUGGUUUAAAAAACAGUCGUAGGUAAAAUUGUUUACACUCUUUGGGUGGUAUAUUCAACAAUGUUCUUUUCAAACAAAAUUGGCUACAGCUACCCUUAAUAGCUAGGAUGUCUACUUCAGUAUCUACAAGUCAAUGGUUGAACACGGUUUUAUUAUUUGCCAUAACUGACAGGUUUUAUGCAAUUUGAAACAAAAUUUCUGAAAACUAUGAAAUGCUUGGUUAUUACAUAGUUUUAAAAAGUGGACAAGUUGUUCAAAAGG